AGAAGGAAUGCUCAAUGAAGUGUAGUCUCGCAGUUCAGCAUAGAUAGUGCGCGGGAGGAUGAUCGCUUUAUCAGUGUUGGAGAGUGGAACAAUGCGUUACGCGAAUUUCUGGCAACUUUAUGUGGGCUUGUUUUGAUUUUGGUUUGCAUUAGAGUUCGUCGUUGCUGAGGCAGGCCGUGCAACUGUCGGAGGAGGUAGAAAUGGAUGGUCGGCUGUGCGGCGAUGGACUUCAGGAGGUGGUCCUUGUAUAAAAGUGUUUUCAUGGCGGAAAGAGGCUACCAGUUAAUGGGAGUUUACCGAAAGUGAUUGAGUGCAAACGAGGAUUCAAUGGUGGCAGACAAGAUGAAGCCAAAUAUGCUUUUACCAAUACUAGUAUUAGUUAUAUCAAUUUUCGAUACCGCCUUGUCGGGAGAAGCGGAAAGCCACACUACGGACACUGCCCGUCACGACCUGCAUGUCCACGACCACCUGCAUACUGCCGAUCUUCACCACGAUCAUCUGCAUGUAGCACCGGAGUUCCACCACGAUCUUCACCACGAUGUCCAUCACGACCUGCAUCAUGACGUUCACCAUGAUCUGCACCACCACGAUGUUCACCAUUACGACGUGCACCACGCACAUGCCACACCGGUAGUCGCAGACCACCUGCACACCGAGGUGCACCAUCACGACGUAGUCCAAGGUCAUGGAGACCACUUGCACCACUCGCACCACGAUGUGGUUGUUGCGACUCCGCAUGCUUCCGGCUUUUGGAAGAAGAGCUUCAUCUGGAAGCCCCGUUGGGUCAAGUCAUGGCACGAGAAGAAAAUCUACGUCCCGGUGUGGAAGCACGUGUGGGGUCCGGUGCAGAUGAGCGAAUGGGUGCCGAUUCCGAGGCCACCGCCAAAUUGGCAGAAGCAUUGAGUAGGUGCUGUGUGUGUGGCGGAGACGAAUGGGCUUGCGUAGUGUAACGCUUUCCAGGAAUGCGUAGUAUUUGUAUUUAGAUGUAUUUUCUUGAAAUAUAGAUAAAUGCUUUAUAGUGGUAGCUAGUAGAUGUGAUGAAUCUAGCAUUAUUUAUACGUGUCGGAUGUACAAAAAUGAAAUAGAAUUUAAGCAUGUUAA